AUGGAUUAAACUGUUGUUGAUUAAUUGUCUUUAGAUGCCAUACCUUAUUACUAAGAAUAAUUGUACGGAGCACUCUCUCUAGUAUUGGAACUUUAAAAUAGAAUUGAAGCUGAGAAUGAUAUAACAGAAAAUAUUGUCGUUAAAAUAUAAGAUGACAAUAAAAAUGAAAUUUAUCAACAUGUUCUAGAUUUUGAUGAAAAACAUAUAGAUGAUGUAAUAUAAGAGAUGAAUGAUAAAUGUUUUUCGUAAUUGGAAGAGAUAGAUUAAGAAACAUGCAAAUAAGAUGAACAAAUAUUUACUAUGAAUUAGGUAGCUUUAUAUAUUAUAAUUUAGAAAAUAGAUGAAUUGGAAGAUAUGAUUUGCUAAUAUAUGAAACAAACAAAUAAAGAUUAAGUAAUCUUAAAUGAAUUGACUAAUUUAAUUAAGGAUAAACAAUUACUAUUGUAAGACAUUAAUUUUGAGAUUAAAGAAUAAGAAUAAAUCAAUAAAUAAAAUUAGCAAUUUAUGAAAAGAAGAAUGAAAUAAGAAAAAUUAAAACAAUAAGAAAUUGAUGAGAAGAUGCUUUUAAAAUAAAAGAAAUAAGAACAGAAAUAAUUAUUAAAAGAAAAAACUGCAAAAAAUGAAGAACUACAAAUGUAAUAAAUGUUAGAGGAAAAACAAAGACUUUAAUAGGAAAUAGAUGAAAUGAUAAAUAGUUAAGAAUAGAAAGUAUAGUAAUUACUCAGUCAAAUGGAAACUACUGUUAUGGAAGAAGAUGAAAAAUCCAUAGUAACAUCUGUUGUAUUAAGAGAAAGUUCUAAUAAAUCACAUUAUGAAAGAAGAGAAAUUAAAGAACAACCAAAAAGUAGAGCUUGUUGUGGAGAGUGUACAAUUUUUUGA